CGGAGCAGGGGCGGGACUUGUGUGAGUACAGGUGGGGUUUGUGUGAAAACAGGCGGGCGGCGCGGGUGGGGCUGCAGGUUACUCCCACCUGUUGUGAUGCAACCGGAACGUUGCCCCCCAGGGGAGAAAAGCACAGACUCGCAAACGGAGCUCCGCCGCUCGCUUCAGAACACAAUACGAGCCCUUCAGCCGCCUUUUAUUCAUGAGGAGAGUUUCAGCUUAACUCGCAGAGCCGGGUCUGAGGCCUCCUGAAGUACCAUGACUGUAAACCAUGCGCGAAAGUGGCGAAAAGGAGGCGCAGGAAGAUAACGAGAGUUCUGAGUCCGGGGAGGAGAGGGGACCGAGCUGGAGCAGUUACAGACUCCUCGUAGAUCCAGUUUUAAAAGAAGGAACCGAAAAGCUGUACCGCUAUGAUGGGCAGUAUUUCAGCUCUCCUAACCCUGGAAUUCCUCCCCUGGAACAAGUCAGAGAUCCCAGACUGGCUCGCUUUUGGACCAAGUUCAAAGAGACGGACCUUCCAAUCCCCAAAUUCAAGAUUGAUGAAAAUUAUGUUGGACCACCAAAGGAGGUGACAUUCGCCAGACUGAACGACAACAUUAAGGAAGCUUUUUUAAGGGACAUGUGUAAAAAGUUUGGAAAAAUUCAAGAGCUGGAGGUUUUGUACAAUCCCAAGAAUAAGAAGCACUUAGGAAUAGCCAAGGUCAUCUUCGACAGAGUGAGAGAGGCAAAUGAGGCUGUGCAGAAACUUCACAACACCUCUGUUAUGGGAAACAACAUCCAUGUGGAGCUGGACCCCAAAGGUGAAAAGAGGAUGCGAUACUUUCAGCUUCUUGUCGGUGGGUUGUACACCCCGUUCACUCUGCCUUUAGGAGAAGAAGCCUGGGGGCCUCUGUCUCCAUCGUACAGCUCUGACUCCCACAGUGAGUACGAGGCAGCGAAGAGACUGACACAUGGCUUAUUGUCUUCAUCGCUCUCCUUAUCUUCAGGACUCCUUAGCUCCACUUCAUUCGAUGCUUCCACCCCUCUGUCCAUGGACACGGCCUACUCCAGCAUGCACCAGGACACACCCAGCAGCUUCUGGCAAACCCCCCUGUACCAGGACACUCCCUACACCUCUCCCAUGUCCCACAGUAACCCGGGAACCCCUCCCCAGUGUGAGGGUCUUUCCAAUCUGUCCCAGUCUGUCCCAGAUUUGCAGGUGCACGGUGCAUGCAGCUCAAAAAUAUUCUCCAACAUGACUCCUCUAAUUUCGUCUGAUUCUCAAAGUACCCACCCCAAUCCUAACCUGGUGCAGCUAACUCCACACAGUAAAGCAGUGAACACGAGGCAGGGGGCCUUAAUUAAUAUAAUACAAAGCUCAAGGACUUCUAGAGGUCACAUGGCAUCGGGGUGCCAACCUCAUGCAGUGGGAAGGGCCUCUCGGGGGGGUCCCAGGGGCCGUGUUUGGGGGCCGAAAUACCAAAAUGCCUACAACCGUAGGCCAGAGCACCACUAUGUGCACAGACCUGUUUUCAAUAGGCCUAAAUAUCGCUCUGGACCUGCAAACAGUCUAGUGCCUUUACCUGCUCAUAUACAGCCAGAUAAGCCUCUUAUACCUUCUUCUCAAAGUGGAAGUGGUUCAGACAGACCCGCAGGUCUUUUGGGACAGAAUACAUUUGCUUUUAUUAACACAGCCAGGGAAGUACCUGUUAAUCCAGGUGCAGAAUGUGCAGACAAGCAGACUCCAGCAAUACCCCAUAGUAUCGGAAGCGCUGAGGUAAAUCCUACACAAGCAAAGAUUAUGCAUCUGGAUUCACUGGUGAAAGCAUUGGAAAACCCCCUUAAGACACCUUCCACAUAUCUUCCAUACACCUCGCCUCCUCAUGUUCCUGAUACAAAGCAGGGGCCAACUGCUAGGACUCAUAGCCCACUGCGACAGUGCACCUCUCCUGGACUGGGAAAAGGCCCACCCACUGGGUCACCUGCUCCAGAUCCCACCCCAAUCAGCCUGGACUCUCGUAUCCAGAUGCUUCUAGGCUCUCACGGUUCAAAUCUUCCUUUAAACGAAGACACCUCAGACUCGGAUUCGCACUCUGAAGAGCAUUCUGUUGCUUCUCCCAACGAUUUCCAGCACUCCUCUUCCAAAUCUUGUCCUCCGUCACCUGAGCCACCUGAUGUCACAUCUAUCUCUAGAGUCACCGUCAAUUCCAGGCAUCCUGCCUCUCCACAAAACCAGGAAGACUGUUCUGAGCCAGGUAUUGAGGACGUAAGUCCCAGGUCACUUUCAGACUCUGUAGAAGAAGGAGAAGUAUUUUCUCCAGACAGCUCACACGCGUCCAAGAUACCAGUCAUAUCAUCACAUUAUUCAGCGAUUCGUCCGGCUCUUUCUCAACAAACAGCAACGCUGUUCCUCAGAGAAGGUGAAACUCUAGAACAGACUGGGCCUGGGACCUGUGGGGGAGGUUCCUCACCCUCUCCUCCUGUCUUCCGGAUGCCUCCUCCUCCUGUUCUCCUCCCUCCACCAGGUUUCCCUGCCCUGCUUCCUCCGAUGAGGCCUCCAAACUUACCUCCUCUGUGUGGACCUCCUUCUUUACUGCCUCCUGUUCCAUCUCUGCUUAAACCCCUUCCUGCCAACCUCUCCAUACCCCCUCCCCCUUUCUAUCCCCCGCCACAGCUCCCCAUGGGCCAGUUUGGCAGGCCUCAGAGGUGGAACAGUCCUCCCGCACCUCUUCCUAUACCUACCAGAAUAACACAGGGGAAAACACACCCCAUAUAUUCCCCUCCUUUUCCCAUUGCGCCAACACCUGCAGCCUUUCCUGGGGUUGCUGUUCCACAAGAUGGAGCCAGACUAAGGCAGUGUCCUCCCUUUCCCUCUAUUGGAGGUUCAGCUCCUGUUCCAGGAUACAGAACCCCAUGGCCGCCUCCAAUCCUGCCUGUAUUCGAUCCUUCAGUGCCUCCACCAGGAUAUGUCCCUGUGAAAGAGUCUCUCCAUAAAGCUACGGUGGAUGGAGUGCUGGCUGCUGUAGCUGCUGAGCUCAGGGCCAUUGUGAAGAAAGACAUUCAUCGCAGAAUUGUUGAAGGCAUAGCUUUUGCUGCAUUUGACCAAUGGUGGGAUGAGCGAGAACGCACAGCCAAGGUACCUGUGACUCCUGUGAAGGCUGGAGAGAGUAAAGAGGUUCCAAAGCCAUGGCAUCCUGUGGAGGGCACAGGACCGGAGAGUGCAGCACUGGGUACAGGACUGGGAUUGGGCCUUCGAUCAACUCUCAAACUGCCCUCCUUCAAGGUGAAGCGGAAGGAAUCCUUGGUGGAGGACUCUGUAGAGGCUAAAAGGACCCGUCCCCCUUCACCUGGAGUCUCUGAGGAUGAAGAAGUAGAGCAGGACACACACCUGGAGGAUAAAGCAGCGGAUGAGCCCCAGAACACAGCUGACCUCUCUGUGGUAAAACGGCGGCAUGCCAGGCCUCUGGAACUGGAUAGUGAUGAAGAGGAGGAGGGAGAGAUGGACAAGUUGGAAGAUUCAGAGUCUGAAAAAGAAGAGAAUGAAAAAAACAAGCUUUCAGUUGAAGAUGAGGAUGAUGAUGUGGAGGAUGAAGAUGAAAGAAAAUUCAAGAGGCCUUCAAGUGUGCAAGAGGAUGAAAAUCAGUCUGAAGAGGUGAUCAGCCUUGCAUCUUCCAGCUUGCACUCGGAGCCCUUAUUCUCCUCAGACCGGGAUUACGAUUCUGCAGUCUCUUCAAGAUCUGACUUUGACUCCUCUGAAGAGAGUCAGUGCUCUGAGUCCUCUGAGGAAGAGGAUGAUGAUGAAGAAUGCGCUGUUGCUGAAAGGCCUGCUGAACAGAGAGUGGUGGAGGAGAUCUGGAUAUCAUCAGAUGAGGAGGAUGCUGAGUAUAAGGAAGUUAUGGAAGUUGCUCACACUCCUGCUGCUGCAUCUGUGAUCUCCUGGGAGGAGGAGCUGGAUCCCCCUCUGACCCCAUCUGCACCACUGUCCAGUGAUGAAGAUCAUUCACUACUAGGUGCUGAUGCAGAGGAAGAGCUGAGGGUCAGAGUGUUUCUGCAUGGCUAUGGCUAUCAGGAUCCCGUCACACAGCAUCUGUCUAACAAACUAGAGCUGCAGGAUCCUGCACUGCUGUCUUCAGCUGAGGAACUGGAGCUCCCGUGCCCACCUUCUCCAUCUUAUAAAGCAUUAUCUUCUGAUGAAGAAUUGGAGACCCAAUCAGAGACUGAAUUAGAGGAUCAGGGAGAUGCCAUAGAAACACUAGAGGAUUCGGGCAACCUUAGACCCCCCACACCUACUGGCUCCAUGUCCGAGAGCGACCCUGAGCUGGAGCUUCGACACAGACAUUCACCUCCUCCAGCUACGGAGGAGGAACUGCCCCAUACCCCAGGUGGAGGGAUAGAGAUGGAGGCUGAAACUCCAGCUCUAUCACCUUGUCCUCCUACACCUCUACCUCCUCCACCUUCACCUACCGGCCUUCAUCGCUUUCCUUCACCUCCUGUUUACUUCUCUCCUCCCCCCUUACCCUCCUCAUACCCCGCCUAUGAGGAAACGCCCAAAACGCCUGGCAGGAAUACCAGGCGAGAACAUUCAUCGCAGAGAACCGCAACAGCAGUGCACUCACAAGAUGCACUACUAAGGGUGGUGAUGCAUGGCCCCUUCUCCCCAUCCUUCACCUCCUCAUCUCCCUGUGCUGGUAACGGGGUCCCUAGAACUCCAGGAAGAGACAUCAGCCCUUCUUCACCGCUGUCAGAUAACGGUGAUGUAAGCAUUCACCAUAGAGAACAGUGUUAUAAUCAGAAUCCUGGCUGGAGCUCCAGAUAUUCUCCAAGCUCCUCUGAAUCCUCAGCUUCAGAGACACCCAGUCCUGUACAGAAGCCCCCAGAUUUUGUAACGGAUCGAGACUUCACACAAGAGCAGCUUAAUUUCUCCACCGAUCGGAUCAGAACUUUGGACGAGUCACGUCUCAGAAAGAGAAAAGAACGACUCCAGCACAAAAGGAGAAUGAUCUUCUUGCAGAAAAACAGAUUCAGGCAAAAUGUGGAUGACUUGUCUUGCACACCAGCUAAGAAGGUGAUCUCUAAAUCAUCCUGGGAUCCUGAAGCUCCAGGUCGUAAUGAGCGAAUUCAUGGGGAACGAACAGAGACCCAGAGCAAAAGGCCACUACAGGGGCUGGAGAACAGAGUGGAGAACAGGCUUGAGGGAAGGGGAAUGGAGAACCACACACUUUCAGAGUCACUGGACAGGUGGAGAAAAAGGAGACGGUGGUCACACAGACCUCCACACUGCUGGCGACGCUUUGCUCCACGCUCUCAGCGGAGAGAAAAACUGGUCCUUAAUGCUGUCUGGGCCAGAGGGGUGAAUGUGGAGGAGAUCGGUCACCUGCGGGCCUCGUAUGAGAGAAUGCUGCUGCAGGACAGCAGUCACUGGCUGAGCAACACACACUGGGUUCAUCACCCUCCCAGCAGUGUUCCUGAGGAAAAUGUGUGGAGGGAAGGAAUUCGGUAUCACUACACUGGAAGUGCACGGACAGAAGGAUAUUAUAAAAUCAGCAAACGGGACAAGCUGCGAUACCUUCGUCACACACACCCCCCCGCAGAGGAACCUCCACAGGACACUCAGCUUCCAUCGUCAUCACGGUCUGGAUCGGAUUUCCGUGCAGAACAGCGCCGCCUACUGUCAUCUUUCAGCUGUGACAGCGAUCUUCUCAAGUUCAACCAGCUCAAGUUCCGGAAGAAGAAGCUGCGCUUCAGCAGGAGUCAUAUUCAUGACUGGGGGCUGUUUGCUGAAGAGCCAAUCGCUGCAGAUGAGAUGGUAAUCGAAUAUGUGGGCCAGAGCAUACGACAGGAAAUAGCAGACAUGCGUGAGAGACGAUAUGAGCAGGAGGGCAUCGGUAGCAGCUACCUGUUUAGAGUCGACCAAGAUACCAUCAUCGAUGCUACAAAAUGUGGCAAUUUGGCCAGGUUCAUAAACCACAGCUGUAAUCCAAACUGCUAUGCUAAAGUCAUCACAGUUGAAGCUAAAAAGAAAAUAGUCAUCUAUUCACGCCAGCAGAUCGGCAUCAACGAAGAGAUCACGUACGAUUACAAGUUUCCCAUCGAGGACGAGAAGAUCCCCUGUUUGUGUGGAGCAGAGAACUGCAGAGGAACCCUCAAUUAGAGUUUAUGACACUAUAUGACAAUAUCCAAGAGCCAUUAUCUAAACAAUGCAAAAUUCAUCCAUCCUGUAGACAUGGGAGACAUCUUUUAAAGCCUUUUGUGAAGAUGUGGAAAUGUAACUGGCAAUGAAACUGAUGCACACACUGCUACAUUUUGUAUAUUGAGCAUCAGAUAUGGUAUCUGGAUGAUUAUGCAAGUAUUAUAAAUGGGUUAUAAAAGCCUUGUGUAGUUUUUACUCGGUUGUAGACUCUACUAUAUUGUAGAAAUGACGAUGAGCAACAAUGUUUUAUACAUGUAUUUAUAAAAUGUACCCAGCAGGAGGCAGCGUUGUACACAGUUUGAUUCUCAGCACUUGUACAGUUCUUCUUAUCCUUAACAAAGGCUAAAUACUUAAUUUAAAAAGCAUAUUCAGCCUGUGUGAUUUCAUAGUUAAACAUGCAGGAUGAAUAAAGUAUUUUCUUGCAAGAA